AGAAAAAAGAAGGAAAAAAAAAGCAAACCCAACUGUUUAAUAAUAAAUGAUGGCAAAUAGAACAACGAAUGUUCUAGGGCCUCUUUGUAGUUUAAUAACCCAAGGCCCAAAUCAAUUAUUUCGUAAAACGAACAAAAACUUUGAGAAAGAAAACGAGACACAAGAUUCACAUAGAUGAUUUCGGCGACGGCGAGCCACGGGCGAGUGCUGCUUCCGUCACUGCCGGGACCGUCGAUCUCAACGGGAUCGACGGUUCUACGCCUAAGACAAACAGUGCCGAGGCGAUUCAGGCUUACAACGGCGGCGACGGCGAAGUACAAGGGGACGAAGAUGAGGGAGGAGAAGUUAUCGGAGAUGAUAGAGAAGAAAGUGAAGGAAGCAACGGAGGUUUGCGAAGGAGACGAGAGAUCGGAGGAGUGUAGAGUGGCGUGGGACGAAGUUGAAGAGGUUAGCCAGGCGAAAGCAGAUCUAAGGAUCAAGCUCAAGCUGCUUAACCAGGAUCCGCUCGAGAGUUUCUGCCAGGAGAAUCCUGAAACCGACGAGUGUCGAAUCUACGAAGAUUGAGAAUGAAAUCUCGAGAGUUUUAAUGAUUGUACGUUCCCUUUUCGUAGAAAUCAAAUCUUAUUUUUAGGCAUUAGAAAGGUUAUUACUAAGAAACAAUCAGCUGUCUUCUGUAGCUAAAUCAGUAAAAUUACAGAGGACCUGAAACAUAUGUUUAAAAUCU